AUGGUCAACGAUCCCAAAAACGAAGCCCUCAUUCGCUGGUCGGACUCGGGCGACUCGUUCUUCGUCCUCGACCACGAACGUUUCGCCCGCGAAGUCCUCGGCCGAUGGUUCAAACACCAGAACUUCUCCUCCUUCGUCCGCCAGCUGAACAUGUACGGCUUCCACAAGGUCCAGCACCUCCAGCAGGGCACCCUGCGCUCCUCGGAGACCGACGGCAACGAGUUCUGGAACUUCGCCCACCCUAACUUCCUCCGCGGCCGCAGCGACCUCCUCGCCCUCAUCCAGCGCAAGAAACAGGCGCAGAACUCGGAUGGGGAGGGCGCAGGCCAGGAGGUCGGCACCUCAGGCGCCAACGGUCAGCAGGUACAGCUCGAUAUCAGCGGUAUCGUCGCCGGCCUCGCUGCUAUCAAACGGCAUCAAGACAUGAUUUCGAGCGAGCUCACGCACCUUCGCGAGAACAACAACUUGCUCUGGCAGGAGGCGAUGGAGGCGCGCGCCCGGGCCAAGAAGCAGCAGGACACGAUCAAUCGCAUCGUCAAGUUCCUCGCUGGUAUCUUCGGCAACCACAACGCGCGCUCCAAGCACGAAGAGGAGGAAGCUGAAGGGGGCGCCGGCGGCUCGCGAGAUGGAGGGCCGGGCGCCAUUGUUCCUCACUCGGUGAUGUCUCACAUGAACGCUACGGUCCCGCAAAUGCAGCGCUUGAUGAUCGAAGAUACUCGUCCGUACAAUAGCGUUGACAUUGAAGAGGUCGAGGACGACGAGCAGCAUUCGUCGUCGAAGGGGAAGCAGAGGGAGUACACGACAGGUCAGCCGCCGCCGACCCACUUAAAUACGUUUGCUGAACCAGAAGAUUCCACAGGCUACAGGGUAGAAACUCCACCGGCUUCGUCCGCUUCAGUAGCGCCUGUCAGCCCCGCUGCCACCGAAGGUUCACCUUUCUUCCAAUACUCCUCCGGACCGAGCCCAGCUCCAUCGAGCUCGACCUCGUCCGCCAACACCGCCGCCGUCGCUGCCAACUCCCCGUCACCUGUUCUUUCCUCCCGUCAUGCGACACCUCCCGCCGCCUCCUCUCCGUCCGUUGAGAAACAACAACAGCACCGCCAGCAGCUUGUGUCGUCGGCACGCACACCCCCAUAUCACCCCUCGGCGUCGCCGGGCCCGCCCAAUGCGGCGAUCAACCCAGACGACUUCCAAACCCUCUUCAACAAUCUGUCCCCCGCCCAAAUCAACUCUUUCAUGACCAACCUCCCGAACGUCUUUGGGGCAGGCUCGACGUCACCUGGGCCAUCCUUCUCAGGGUCGGCGGCGGACUUCAACCGCACAGGCGCUGACGGGAUGCCGUCCUAUCCGACAGGGCAUGGCUCGUUCGGCAACGACGCGACCAUGAACGGCAUGGGAGGGGUGGAAGGCCUUCUCUCUUUCGACCCCUCGUCACCAGGCGGGUACGGAGAUGGGAUGGACUAUGAUACGUAUCACGCGGGCUACGGCUACGGUGCCAGCGGCGGUCCUGAGCAAGCGACCGGGCAAUCGCAGCACGCUGUCGCACAGGGUGGCCCGCCCUUGCCCAACUGGCAGGCUGCUGAAGACAUCGAGCGCGAUGUGUCGGCGUUGAAUGCGAAGAUCAACACAUUGAUUGAGAACACUUCGCCUUCUGUCACGCACGCUCAACCCAUCGCGCAAGCGAUAGCCCCGCCGUGGUCAGCAAAUGCCCAGCUGCCGUCGCGGCCGCCCCUCUCGACAUCCUCGGACAAGCCGGCGUCGAUGGGCAGGGCUAGCCACCCCGUCCUGCCUCCCUCUGCGAUGGCGACGGAGCCUCUCCCGGCCCCGCUGGACGCCCUCACGCCCAACCUCAAUGCUCCGGCGGACUUCGAUUUCACCGAGUUCCUGAGCAAGUACGUCUCGGGCGUCGAAGGCGCCCAGGACAACAACGCGCUCAUGGACGAGGUCAUGUCCAACGCCGGCGACUCGACGGGCCAGCCGGCGCACAUGGAGGACCAGUCGACGAGCGCGCCGCGCGGAAAUGGGAGGAAGCGCAAGUCUGACGCGAUGCCGCCGAUGCCCGACCUCACGGAGCCGCCAAAGAAGGGUGGAAAGCGGCGCAGGGGAGGCGCCUAG